CAAAAUUGUUGAAACGAAGGGACUUUGAUUAUUUAUAUUGAAAAUUCGUUUCAUAAUCAAAAGAUCAGUGUCGAGUAAACGACGCAAAGGUCUACAAAGCAACCUCAACAAAAUUCUUGUCAAGUCGUUAGAGGGGAAGCAAAAUUUAUUGUCGAACGAUAAUUUGUGCGAGAGGAAAGAAGUGACCGUGGAAGUCUCUAUACAACAAGUUCGUGUAUACAUAUACACAUACACAAGUGCCACCUGCCGCCCCCUGAAUUCCCGCACACAGUACGCUGGCCUAAUAACACUGACGAAUCACGAGCCCACAAACACUUGUCGCUGCCAUUGUUGCUCUAUUUUCAAGUUAAAUUCGUGUCCAGCAAUUAGCAGCGACGUAGAAAGUGCUCCGGGAGGGUUAGGCGAAGGUUAACUAUGGAUGAUACUGCCGCGACAGCGCCGCCGCCAUCAUCAGCGGCAGCGACAGCAGCUGGCUACGAAGCUGCGCGCGACAAAACAACAAACGCUGCUGGCGUCGCUGCCGCAGCCGCUGUCACAGCCAGCAGCAGCACAAGCGUUAGACUCUUAAUUAAAUCGUCGAAUCAACAAUACGACGACGUCAACAUUGACAGCGAUCUAUGCUGGACUGUGCAAAGACUCAAAAAGCAGCUAUCACUGGAGUAUCCCGGCAAACCGGAUGUACACGACCAAAAGCUCAUCUAUUCUGGUAAACUACUGGACGACGCACAAAAGCUUUCGGAGGUAAUACGCAGCUACAAGGAUGUCUUUCAGCAGCAUCACAUUUUUCAUCUGGUUUGCGCCAACAAAAACAUAACCAAAGCCCCAACAAAAGCAACAACAACAGCAGCAGCACCAAAGGAUAUAUCAAGCAGCAUGCCAACACGCCUGGACGCCAAUACCAAUGAAAACGAGCUUAGGCAACGUAAUGUUGCCGCCUCCGCUGCUGCUGCUGGCGCUGCCAGCGCUGCGCAAAUUCCUUAUCAGCAGCAGCAACAACAGCAAUUGCCAGCGUAUGCGACACAUCCAUGGCUACAAUUCUGGCAGCGUGCAGAGCAACAAAACCAGGCUGCUGUCCAAGCGGCUGCGGCAACGACUGCAGCCGGCUCACAUAUGGCGUUUCAACAGCAGGCGCUGAUAUACAAUGCCUGGAUGCAGCAGGUCUAUGCGGCGUACAUGCAACAGAUGAUGAAUCGCGGCUCUGAUAAUGCCUCACAGCCACCCAUGUUGCACCACCCCUUGCUAUCCAACUUGCCCAUGAUGCCCAACAAUAUGAGCGUGCCUUUGGUGAAUCCAACAGCAGUGCCUGCAGCCGCAGCAGCAGCAGCUGGAGCAGCACCCGGUGCUAAUGAAGCAGCUGCGGCACAGCCAGCAGCUGCAGGACAAGUGGACGGACCGAACUUUCGCAAUAUACAAGAGGAGCCAGAGAUACGCGACUGGCUGGAUAGCUUCUUUAGCUUUACACGCCUGGCCAUAUUCUUGACCGUGUUGUACUUCAACUCCUCGCCCUUGCGCUGUUUGCUAGUGGUGAUCAUAGCCAGCGUGAUUUAUCUUUAUCACAUUGGUGUGCUGCGUCGUCGUCGUGAGCGCAAUAACAAUAAUAUUAAUCGCAACAACAAUGCUGGCAAUGAUGCAGCUGCAUUUGCCGCUGUGCAGCAAAUACAGCGCAUGAUGGACGCUGCCGUUGAGCCGGACAAUAAUAAUCCACAAGCAGCAGCGGCUGCUGCUGCUGCUGCUGCUGCUGCUGAGCCUGCGGCACAAGAUGCAGCCGAUGGGCCAGCAGUGGCGGCGGCUAGCGCUGGCGCGGAUCAAGCUGAUGCGGCGGGUGCUGCAGCUGAGGCAGCUGCUGCUGCUGCUGUGGAGCCAGCUAAUGCCAAUAACUCUGUGAUUUCUGUUGUGCGCACCUUUGUGGUCACUUUCUUUACAUCGCUGCUGCCCGAGGCGCCGGCGCUGUAAGAAGAAGCAGCAGCAGCUGUGUGUGGUCUCUUAACGAAAAUAAACCCAAACCCAAACAUUUCCUACCACGCUCCACGCCACCCCCCCUAUAAUAUUAAAUGUUAUCAUUUAUGCAUUAACUGCAAUUUUUUGCAAAUCUGUUUUUCUAGCUAAGCGUAUUAUGAAUUAUGUAUAUUUAUAUAUGUGUAUGUGUGUAAAUUCUUUGGGAUGCGCACCCGCUUUAGCCUUAGUGAUUAUAAUUAAUGAUAAGAAAUUUUGUUUUUGAUGUGAAUACUACACCGCUAGUAGCUAGACGACGAAACUACAAUGAAAACGAUGAAUUGCAACUAUAAAUAAAUCAAAA